AACUUAAACAAGCACCAAUAUUAAAUGAAAAAGUUUACUUGGGUUAUCUACAAAUAUGCAUACACAUGUAUGUACAUAUAUCCGUUCGACGAUUUCAACGAAAAGUGCCAAAUAAAUGUCACGAUGUCUGUCCUACCGGAUAUCGCGUUGUUUGUGGAUUCCACAAUGGAUACUUGCGAACGUUUGCCAGCAGUUGUGUGAUGCGAAUGUAUAACUGCAAGUACCAAAAAGACUAUCGAAUCAUAUCUCAACAGGCAUGUGAAUUUAUUAGCAAUGAAGAUUUACGAAAGUUAGAGCUUUAAAAGCGACACGGAUGCAAUAUGAAAAUACCGCUAGAUGGCGCUACAAUCUACGGCGCAUGCGUUGCAAACAUUUUUUUGUUGGCUGUGGCUUAAAGUCGUCAAGAUAUACUAACAUACAUAUUUACAUAUAAUCACAUACGUGCUAAUGUUUUAUGCGAAACAUCUGAGUAAAUUACAUUAGCAUAACUAAAACAUAAUUAAUUAAAUUUAAACGAUAACUUACCGACUCUAAAACAUCAAGUAUACAAAUAUUGCAAACGUUAACAUCAGUAUUUAAGUUAAGCAAGGAAGCUAAGUGGUUAAGAUAUUUGAAUGUAAGUAUACACAGUCAUACAUAUGUAUGUAUGUGUAUGCACAUAGAGCAGAACAACGUAUAGCAAAAGUGUGUUUGGCCAGGUCAACAUUUAAAAAAGAGCUACCAAAGUGAACGCGGAAAACUCUAAAUAAUUAUAGCUCCUAAAGUGGCAAGUUUUAUUAACAGGUUAGUUGUCUUUCAGUUUUAGAAGGUGUAUAUACGUUUUGCACACUACUAAUAAUAUAAUUACACAAAUACAUAUAUACUACAUACACACAUAUGUGUGUAUAACAUAUUUGUUUGUUCAAUUCCAAAUGUUAUAUGUAUGUUUAAUGCAAAAAUGUGAAAAUGUAUGGAACAAUCAUUUUACUAAUAUUUUCUUAAAUCAAAAUUCUGUUUUCCUAUAUAUGUAUGUAUAUUUGUAUAACAUUUAAGUUGAUAUACGCACAUACAUACAUACAUAUGUUCAUACAUUUCUAGUUAAAUAUAUAUACAAUUAUAUGAAAAAGCAAAUAUAAAUAUCUGAUAACUAACAAUUUAAUAAUGAAUUGCGAAUAAAUUUCUUGACAAAGGUAUGAUUUUAUAUAAAAUGCUCAGUGAAUGAAAUUUUAUAUUAUCCCAAUACACCAUAUUGAAGCCUAUUAUAUAUUUAUAUACAUAAAUGUAUACACAUGUCGUUAUAUACAUUUUUACAUAUGUAUAC